AUGCCUAAGAACAGACUAUCCAAAGAGAAGAGAGACCAAGCGAAAACGGAAAAGAGACGUGCCAGGAGAGUAGAAAAGGAAACCAAGGAGAAUGACCGCGCGAAAGCAAGAUACGAAAUUGGUUCUACGCAGAUACACGCAGAUACAACUGUCGUGGAUCAAUACAUGUCAGGCGAGAUUUCAACAGCCGAGGCAGUCGACGUUCUGGCAAAGCCAAUAGAUGACGUUUAUUCAACUGCAAACGCUGGUACAGAAUAUUUUCGACAAGAGAGGGUCGCUCGAAUACAGCGAAAGUAUUAUAGUUUCGAGAGGGCACUCGAGCUUUGGGGGCCUGAGCAAGAUUGGCCUGAACCUGAGACUGAGCACGAUCAUUCCAAGAACGCCGAGAUGCUUCUUUGGAACCUAUGGUACUCAAUUCUUCACACAGCAAAGAAAAUAGCCUUCACCAACGAAACUCGACAGGACAAACUAGUUGAUCUAGUCAAAGCACUCAAAGCCCGACCAAAUCCCCCGGAACCAGUACCAAUGACGAUCCCCCUCAAAAGAGACUGGGUCUGGCAACUAGGCACGGUUUGGAGCGAUCUGAUUAUUCUGGGCGCUUCAAUCACCGAGGUGAGGAACGACUCCUGUGGAUGCGGAGCCGGUUGGUUAUGGCCAGAACAACAAGCGGAGCAGAACCUGAAUGCGUUCUACGCUCGACUGACUGCCAGCGGAGUAGCAAACAUACACCUCCAAGGAGAAAUAUGUGCUGUUGAUGCGCUGGAAAAAGCCCCGACGCCAUGGUAUCGGCGUGUAUCACCACCACCAGACCAUGAGAUUCUUAGUCACUACGUCACUUGCGCUGCGUUGUGGACUAUCAUUGCUGGGAAGGAGGUUUAUGCUAGGUAUCCGCAUACGAGAGAUGAGAGGGAUAUUGAGGUGGUGGAUAGGAUAUUGAAGUUGAGGGACAAAGAACUCCCGUGGAACAGAUCACGGAAGAGGUAUAAAGGCCGGGCGAGAUGGGAGACGGCAAGGAGAGAAUUUGCACGGAGGAGGCUUGAGGCUGAGUCUCAGAAUGAGGAGUUGUCACCCGAAGUUCGAGACUUGGCUGGACGAGCUGCGAAGACAAUGGCUGGCAUUGUCUGGCAAAAGUAG